UAAUAAGUUCAAUUUACAUUGAAAUUUGAGAUUUUUAAGAAAAGAGAUAGCCAAUUUGGUUGCUAAUAGAGAACCAAUCUCAAGUAUGUGAGAGAUGCUUCCAAGUUUCACGCUACUCUAUGUGUAUAAAAUAGAAUUUCAGUCUAGAUGCUGGGAAAAAAUAAAGAUUUUACAAAUUUUCUUGUUAUCUCAUUCUACAGAGCACACUGUAGUUAUUUAUAAAUGUGUAACCACCAGCUGCAUUUUCUCACAGUUUUUUCUCUCUCAAACACACACUGAUAAGCAGCAAAUGAGGAAAAACCACAGGACUACAUACUUCUGUAGUUAUCUUCAAAAGCAGUACAACUGGGAUACAUAAAAAUAAUGAAAAGCCAAUUAAUCGGAUUUCUUAUGAGCUUUUGGAUUUCUUUUUCACAUGCUUUGUAUUUUCAUAGUGGAGAAAGAGAAGAGAAAUGUGUAAUUGAAGAUGUUCCCAGUGACACGUUGGUAACUGGGAAUUACAAAGUACAGAAGUGGGAUAUACAUAAACAAGAAUUUCUUGACUCUGCUCCUGGUUUAGGAAUGUUCGUGACUGUUACAACUCCAUCUGCUGAGGUAAUAUUGUCAAAACUUUAUGGGCCAUCAGCAACAUUUUCAUUUACAUCCUAUCAAUCUGGAGAGCAUAUUAUCUGUUUACAGUCAAACUCCACAAGACUUGUGGCAUUUGCAGGAAGUAAACUGCGUAUCCAUUUGGACAUUAGAAUUGGAGAACAUUUUCUGGAUGAAGCUGUUGUUCACGCCAAAGACAAAGUGAAUGAAGUUAAUGUUAGAAUAGAACAUCUGCUUGAGCAAAUACAUCACAUAUCCAAAGAACAAAACUAUGAAAGAGAACGUGAAGAAAAAUUUCGGAAGACAAGUGAACAAACCAACAGCAAUAUUUUGUGGUGGGCUGUUGUACAAACAUUAAUCCUUGUCUCCAUUGGAAUAUGGCAGAUCAAAUCUCUCAGAGAUUUCUUUAUAGCUAAGAAGCUUGUUUGAGUCUUACAAAGAUUCAAAAUCUCCUUGCUAUCUAAGGCCUAAAAUCCAAAGAAACCCUGUUAUCUAUGAGAAAAUACAUUGUAUAAAACUCUCAAGCUUGACUCACCUUCUACUAGAGUUCUCACUCUAUCAUCUCUAACUCUGUUUUCUCCAUUUGUAUCAGUGUCUGGCCUUCCCUUAAAUUUUAAUCCUUGAAUCCCAUCUUCUGUCAAUUUAUUUUCCUCUACAGAUGUGAAACUAAAUCUAGAAGAAAGACAACUAAACCACUUAGGUAGCGCUGAAGUUCAACUCAGGAUUGUUAAAUUUAAAAGACAAAUCUAAAGAAGAUAUUUCCAAAUAUUUUUAAGUUCUCUACUUGUUUAGUAAUAUUUUUCUGUACUGGCUUGAACAAAUCAGUGUUUCAGCCUAGAUUGACUUAGUAGGAAGACAACUAUAUCUCCUGUGGCUUAAUUUGGUGAGAGCAUCUUGAACUGAACACAACACCAACUUUUCCUCAGCUAUAAUUGUGACUGUUUUCCUUUAAAGUAUUGAAAGUUUUACGUGAGAGUGGAACCUACUGUGAUCAAUUACCAUGGAACAGAGAGACCUACACAAACUACUUAGAACUGCACUUCCUUUUUGCUCCUACAUAAGCCCUAUACAUUAGGCUAUCGAGUUGAGAUCUGACAUUCCCCACAGUUUAUGUUUAGCCUUUAUGAAGAAUGAUAAUGUAGGCUAAAUUAUAGGCUUCUUGGCAAACACUGGAUUUUUGCCUUUAUAUUUUCUUUUAAGUUAUACUUACACUGAAUUCUGAAGUAUGAUGCUGUAUUGAUGAUUUUUUUAACUUUAAUUAUUCAGUAACUGUAACACAACUGUCUAACGAACUUGGCAGUAUUUCCAUUUUACUUGUUGCAGCUUGGUUGAAUAUAUCUGCAUGCCUUAAUUUAACUAGUUUCUGUACAACAUCCUGAAUUACUACAGUAUCAUGCAGUCAUGAGACAAAAGCUGUGGUUUAAAACUCAAAUAAUUAGCUUGACAAAGCAGCAUUAGCAUAAAAACAGGAGGAGGUAGCAUCAUCCACGUCCCCACUUGGUUAGUGUAAAGAGACAAUCUUUAAGAAGGCUUUCUGGAGAGCACUCUGAGGGAGGAGUGCUGCAUUUUGUUUUCAUACUUGUCUUUUCAGAUCCUUUUCUGAUCCAAAAGCUGCAAGCUGAAAUAAUUCUGGAAAAAUUAGUGUUUUAAAGACAAUGCCUUCUUUCUUUUUCCUAUCUUCCUCCUCACCUUUUGUUUUCACUAGCAAGGAAUGACCUUGUCCUUUAAGUAGAUUUAAUUUCAUGGUAUGGAAAUAUAGGUGAGAAUCUCUGUAGUUAAUACAAAGUAGAGACAAAA